AUGUAUACAAUUAAGUCACAGCGACCAUGACAGGACCACCAGAGCGUAGAAUAACCUAAUAAAGAGAAUACCUUAUCUAUUAAAAGUUUUUAGAAUACCGUUGCAAACGUUCAGCUGGUAAACUUUCCAAAUAUUUGUCCAGAAGAACCGUUGUCUAAACGUGGCGAAAUGUAUUGCGGGCCACAUUCUCUUGCUGCACAACUGGCGAAUAUUCCAACAAACAAAAGAAAGGUCACGCUGCAACAUGCUGCAGCUAGCGCAUUUCAUCUUCAAGCGUCUGACCGGGUUUUGAGAAACUUUUGCGCUGAUGAAGUGACGCUUCCCGGCGAAACAGUGGAAGUAGAAAUCAUGAACGAAAUCUCAAUGCCGGAAAACAAUGAUUCAGCAAGUGAACUGGUUUGCACAAAAAACCUAGGUGAACCAAAAAUGCAGCCAGUUCGGUCACGAGGAUACAUAUUUGUGGUGCGAGCGGGUGGUCACAUCGACAUGUUCUCUCCUAUAUAUAAGUCUGAGUCUCCAUCCCAGGUAUUCCUUAUACUGAUUUCUUGGAUGUAUCAGGUCUUACAAACAGUUCCCUCAUGCGACUGGCCAAAACUUUUUUUGGCAUAUGAUAACAUGUGCAAUCUGGAGCGACUGAAAGCCACGCUUCAAAAACUUUCGCUACCACCGCCAUAUGACGAGCUUUGGACCAAGGGGAUGACGAAAGUAAUCGACGGCUUCCACUUGGGCAACCACAAAGGCCAUAAAUGCCACACAAAGUACAAUCCAGACCAAAUCCGGGCGGCCUAUCCCAACCUGCUCAGUGCUAAUACACAGAGUUGUGAGCAGACAUUCCGUUGGCUGGGAGCAUUCCAGCAUGCUAUGUUCAAAAUGACUAAGUACCGUCAACUCUUCUUUCUACACAGGAUCGUUAAGCGCAGAAACUUGUAUCUGGAAAAGUUGCAGCCACUUUUCAAAGCAUCAAACUGCUACAAAGUUUAA